AAAUUGAAGAUGUUCCAUUCACAUGUCCCGAAAAUUAUGAUUAUAAAUCUCCCAAUAUUCGUAAAGCUUGUUUUGUUCGUUCCGCUAAUUUGGUUUGUAUGUGGUUGUUCGUGGGUUUUGCUACUCUUUGGGAAAUUUCUGGCUGUUUUGGUAUUGUUUCAAAAGUCGAAGAUUUGGAAUAUACCUUCCUCGAACAUGAGCCUGAAGAACGCGCUCCUCUUAAU